ACUGUGAAUAAUAAUGAAGAAGAGUGGUUUCACGUUAAUUGUGAGUGUUUUAGUUGUUUUUGCAGCAAUUUGUUUAGUGGGUGCAGCCAGGCCUGCACCAGACUCGCCUCCAGAGUGGGACGGCGAUGAUUCGUCUGCACUGCCUCCUGUUGAUGAUCCUGAACUACGGCCGCGAGGGCUCGUCUUCGAUGUCACUCACCACGGAGCAGUAGCCGGUGGACGUAUAGAGAGUAGCUCGGGAUUCUUGGCUGCAUGGGAUGCUGCUUGUGAUCAUGGUGAGAGAGCAACUUUCUAUGUACCGGAAGGCGAAUACUAUGUCGGUCCAGUUGAAUUCUCCGGCCCUUGCAAGAACAAUCAGUCUCCAAAGAUUGUGAUCAGAGGGAAUGUGAUAGCUCCUAGUAAACUCAACUCGUUCCCGUCUAAAUCCUGGAUUCAAUUCACCCACUUGAACGGAUUCAGUAUAAUCGGAGAACACGGCAAGACCAACUUUGACGCGCAAGGAGCGGUUGAAGCCUGGAAACAAAACAGCUGCCAACAUUCUUCCCAUUGCAAGACCUUAAUCCCAUCGCUGAAAUUCGAUAAUGUUUCAAACGGGACGAUCAGAAACAUCUCAUUACCAAGUUUUGUGAAGAUUAAGGAUGUGACCAUCAAGAAUGUCAGGGGAACAUACAAAUCCGACUCUGCGGUAACUCUGCUGUGCAGUCCUAGUGUACCUUGUGAGAAUAUGAAGCUUGUUGACAUCAAUCUGACCCCAAAUCAUGAAGAAGAUGAUGAUGAGUGGAGGGAAGGCAAUCUGAACUUAAAUGGUGCAGUUGAUGGCUUGCAAGUGAUUAAUUCAAACUUCUGAAGAAGGGAUAUUCUUAUUAGGGGAAGUGGAACUGUGAAAGCAGUCACUCUUUCUUGGCCUUGUUCUCUAAAAGGUUCCAUG